GCUAUUCAAUCAAUUCUUAAAACAAGGCAAAAAAAAAAGGAAUAACUCCAAGAAAUCCCACUAGUUAUCUAUCAUAUCAUUUUCAAGAUGGGGAGAGGGAAGGUGGAACUAAAGAGAAUAGAGAAUCAAACAAAUAGGCAAGUCAGCUUCUCCAAGAGAAGAAGUGGCUUACUUAAAAAAGCUUAUGAACUCUCCAUUCUUUGUGAUGCUGAAGUUGCCCUUCUUCUUUUCUCUCCCUCUGGUAAAGCUUAUCAAUUUGCUAGCCAUGACAUGGAAAGGACCAUUUUAAGGUACAAGAAUGAAGUUGGACUGUCCAAUAAUAGUGAUCAAGGCCUCAGAGCUGUGGAGGUUUGGAAGACUAAGAUUAAUGACAUGAGGAGAACAAUAGAUGAACUUGAAGUCAGAGAUAAACAUUUGGCUGGAGAAGAUUUAUCAAGUCUUGGCAUGAAAGAAUUGAAACAGUUGGAGCGUCAGCUCAGAAUUGGGGCUGAACGCAUUCGCUCUAAAAAGAGGCGUAUCGUUUCCGAACAUAUCAACUGGCUUAAGAGAAGGCAUAAAAUCCUUCAUGAGGAAAACAUCCAUCUCCAAAAGCAAGUAAGGUUGUGUGAAGCAGAAGGGAGCUUACUUUCUAAGGGAUGAGGAGUGAUUUAUAGAUCAAGCUCCAAUUGAAUGGUUGUGUAAAGCGUAUAUCCUAAGUAUAUGUAUACGUUGCAUAUGUUAAUUGUAUGUAUGAUAUAUUUAAAGAUGAUAAAUUUCUUGUGUUAUUUGAAUGUAUUUAUUUAGUUUCUAAAAUUUUCAAUCCAAGUCGAUGUCGGGUUAAAAAAAGGGAAAUGAAAUUGUAUUGUGUUACUAUGAGAUAUGUGGAGUAUCGUAGAGUUUGGUUGUG